AUGUCUAAUUCAUCUGAUCGUGCUCCGGUUCCGGAUCAGGCCGAGGCUGACGCCUUCUUCCCAUCACCAUUUUCGCUGACGCAAUAUGUGGCCCCCAAGACCGACUUUGAUGGCGCCGACUAUCCCAACGCUUAUAAAGGGGGCAAGUGGAAGAUUCUCAUGAUUCCAACACAGGAGCGUUAUCUGAAGAUGGCGGAUGGCAAGUUCUUCUCCACCGGCAAUCACCCGGUAGAGAUGCUCCUGCCACUCCUCCAUCUCGACGCCGCCGGGUUUGACAUCGAUAUCGCUACCGUGUCGGGAGAUCCAGCCAAGUUGGAAAUGUGGGCUUUCCCCAAGGAAGACGACGCAGUUAAAGCCAUUUUUGAAAAGUAUAAGCAGAAGCUCCGGCAGCCACUGAGUCUGCAAGAUGUCUGGAAGGACGGAUUCACAAAGGACACGCCAUACAUCGGCGUCUUUAUCCCCGGUGGGCACGGGGCGUUGAACGGCCUGCCAUCCUCGCCUACAGUUGGAAAGAUCCUGCGAUGGGCCGACGCCAAUCAGCGAUAUCUCAUCACCCUCUGCCAUGGACCGGCUAGCAUGUUGGCCGCCAACGUUGGAAAACCCGAGGGCAGCAAGUUCAUCUAUGAGGGAUACAAGAUUGAUGUCUUCCCUGACUCGCUCGACUCCGGAGCCAAUAUUGACAUCGGCUACAUUCCAGGCAAGAUGUCCUGGCUCGUUGGGGAGGAACUCCGCAAGCUCGGCGUGAUUCCCAUCAAUGAAGGGAUCACUGGCGCAACCCACCAAGAUCGCUAUGUGCUGACAGGUGACUCGCCACUGGCAUCCAACAACCUGGGAAGGCUUGCCGCAAACAUCCUUCUCGACGACGUUGCUAAGCGUUCAUAA